AUGCUCUCAUGGCAUGCCUGGUGGACCUGGGACUUGUCGCUACUGCUCUUUGGCUUGUCAAUCCAUGCUGGUGCAGCAGCUCAGAUCAUAGAAGAACGAGGCUCGAAAGGACAUCUUGACCUCACAGAGUUAAUAGGAGUCCCUCUUCCUCCUUCUGUCUACUUUGUCACGGGCUAUGGAGGGUUCCCAGCUUACAGCUUUGGUCCCGAUUCCAACAUUGGCCGGCUGACCAGUGCUAUCAUACCAUCGCCCUUCUACAGAGACUUCGCUAUCGUGGCUACUGUGAAACCAAACAGUGAUCGUGGAGGAGUGCUCUUUGCAAUAACAGAUGCCUUCCAGAAGACAAUCUACCUAGGACUGAGGAUUUCUCCAGUUGAUGACAGCACCCAGAGAAUAAUCAUGUACUACACAGAGCCUGGAUCCCAUAUCUCCCGAGAGGCUGCCUCCUUUAAAGUGCCAAUGAUGACUAACAGGUGGAAUAAAUUUACAGUGACUGUUGAGGGAAAUGAUAUUGCUUUGUUCAUGGACUGUGAAGAGUAUCAGAGGCUUCAGUUUCAAAGGCCUGCUCAAACCUUGCAAUUUGAAUCUGGCUCUGGCAUAUUUGUUGGUAAUGCAGGAGCCACAGGACUGGAAAAGUUCACAGGCUCAAUUCAACAUCUGACAAUCAAAUCUGACCCAAGGGCUACUGAAGAUCAUUGUGAAGAUGAUGACCCUUAUGCUUCAGGGGACAGCAGUGGCAAUGGCAGCAUUCAAGAACAUGACAGUUCUGAGGCACAAGAAGCUCUGGCACCUUCUCAUCUUCCCAUAAGGCCUGAAGAGUCGUUGGCUGAGCCAGUGGAAGCCCCCCCAACCAUAUUGGCUUAUUUGGAAGAGAAUGAUUUCUCUGGAAAUCACAGAUCAGAAGAAAUCUCAGAAGCAGCUAAAUUAAAAGAACAAGAUUUAGCUGUCAUGGAAACUGGACAAGACAACAGUGAGUCUACCACUGUCACACAGAAAAUGCUAAGAGAAGAAGAUGGCUCUGGUGCUGGUGUUUUGCCAGGAGUAAGCAGAGAGGAGGGCCAGAAAGGUCAGGAAGUAGAAGACGGGUCCACAGAGUCUCUAGGAGGGUCAGGAAUAGAAGAUGUGGAAAAUAAAGAUCAAGGACAUCCUGGAUAUCCAGGGAAACUUGGGGAGCUUGGUCAGCCUGGCAUUCCUGGUAAAAAUGGCCUGCAGGGCAAAAAUGGAUCUCAGGGGUUGCCAGGACAGAAAGGAAAAGCAGGCCCAAAAGGUGAAAAGGGUGAUCCUGGUGAGGGAUUGCCAGGAUCCCCUGGACGACCAGGACCUCCAGGACCAUCUGCUCCUUCCAGAGGAUUAAAUAGACUGGAACCUGAAGAAUCAGGUUCUGGAGAUACUGACAGAGAGACCGAGAUUUUAAGGGGUCUUCCAGGGCCACCAGGCCCUCCAGGACUGCCUGGUCUUCCAGGAAACCCAGCACCUGAUUCAGGUGUAGGACCUCCUGGGUCAUCAGGAGAAGAUGGAGGUUCUGGGGAACCAGGCCCUGAAGGCCCUCAAGGUCCUCCUGGCUGUGACGGAGUGGCUGGCCCACCAGGAUGGAAGGGAGAAAAGGGUGAUCAAGGUCUACCUGGUUCUGCUGGUCCAAAGGGUGAUACUGGAGUCGCUGGAUCAAUAGGCCCCAAAGGAGAAGCUGGCCCUAUUGGGUCUCCUGGAAAACCUGGACCACCUGGACCGCCUGGGCCUCCUGGACCCCCUGGACCUCCUGGACCACCAGGACUAAGUUACAGCUUGGGCUUUGAGGAUAUGGAAGGAUCAGGUAGCAUCGACCUGUUAAGUGAAUCAAGAAUUCCCAGACCAAGGGAACCAAAGGGUUCUGCAGGAAGACCUGGACAGCGUGGACCAUUAGGUCCAAAGGGAGAAAGAGGCAACAUAGGUCUCCCAGGUUCAAAGGGGAUGCCGGGCACAGAUGGAAAACCAGGCUUUCCUGGCAUUGCUGGGCAUCCCGGAGAAGUGGGUCCAAAAGGAGAGAAGGGUGACCCAGGACCUCGGGGUGAACCAGGACAGGAUGGGAACAGUAUUGUGGGACCGCCUGGACCACCAGGACCACCGGGACCAGUCAUAGCAAUACCUGAGUUACUUCUCAAUGAGACAGAUGGAAUUUCUAAUUUUACUGAAAUUAAAGGACUGCUUGGGCCUCCAGGGCCAGAUGGCAAGCCAGGUCUACCAGGAUUUCCUGGCCCUCGGGGUCCAAAGGGUGAUACUGGUUUGCCCGGAUCACAAGGACCUAAAGGACAACAGGGUGAAAAGGGAGAACCAGGAGCUAUCAUUUCUGCUGAUGGAUCUUUAACUGAAUUAUUAGGAAGAAAAGGGGAGAAGGGCGAAGCUGGAGUGAUGGGACCAGUGGGACCAAUGGGACCAACAGGACCUACGGGACCCAAAGGAGAACUUGGCUUCCCAGGACGCCCAGGCCGUCCAGGACUGAAUGGACUGAGAGGUGUGAAAGGUGAUCGAGGUGAAGCAUUUAAUGGCCUUCCUGGCUUGCCUGGGCCCCCAGGGCCCCCCGGACCCCCAGGACGAAUACUUUAUAUCAAAGGAACAGUUUUCCCAGUCCCUCCCAGGCCUCAUUGCAAAAUGCCAGUGAACCUUCCCUGUCCUGGGAUUCAAGAAAUUCUUAAUGACCAUGGCACUAAAGCAAACAGAGAUUCCUGGGGACUGCACAGUUCAGCACACUUAAAAGGAGAGAAGGGAGACAGAGGUGCUCCAGGACCACCAGGUCCACCUCUGCCUCCAUCAUAUUUCAGCCACUUUAUUAGUAGCAUAAAGGGUGAAAAAGGAGACAAUGGAGUCACUGGUGUAAAAGGAGAAAAAGGAGAACCAAAUGGAGGGUUUUUCCUGACAGGACCUCCUGGACCUCCAGGAAGACCAGGAUUAAUUGGACCAAAAGGGGACUCAGUUGUUGGACCCAGAGGACCUCCAGGGUUACCUGGCCUACCUGGCUUACCAGGUUAUGGAAAAAUUGGACCUCCUGGCCCACCUGGACCACCUGGACCACCAGGCCCCCCUGCAAUAUAUGGCUCAGCAGCUGCAAUGCCUGGGCCACCAGGUCCUCCUGGAGAGCCAGGAUCACCUGCCACCAGGAAUCUGGUUACAACAUUCCAAAACAUUGAGGGCAUGUUGGAAAAAGUUCAUUAUGUAGCAGAAGGAACACUAAUCUAUCUGAGGGAAACCAGUGAGGUUUUUAUUCGUGUUCAGAAAGGAUGGAGAAAAUUGCAGCUUGGUGAGCUAAUUCCUAUCCCUGCUGACAGCCUUCCUCCUCCAGCCAUAUCAAGCCAUGGAUUUCAGUCUAUUCCAGCACUGAGACCAAUAUCAAAUAUGUACAAUGGAAAACCAGCAUUGCAUCUGGUGGCUUUGAACUUCCCAUUGUCCGGUGACAUGCGAGCAGAUUUUCAGUGCUUUCGGCAGGCCCAGCUUGCCGGUUUGACAUCUACCUACAGAGCCUUCCUCUCAUCACACCUGCAAGAUCUGGCCACAGUUGUCAGAAAAACAGACCGACACCAUUUGCCAGUAGUCAACCUUCAGGGACAAACCCUUUUCAGUAACUGGGAAUCUAUAUUUGAUGGAAAUGGUGGACAAUUCAACAUUCAUGUUCCAAUAUACUCCUUUGAUGGCAGGAAUGUCAUGACUGAAUCAUCUUGGCCUCAAAAAAUAAUAUGGCAUGGUUCAACUGCAAAUGGGAUCCGGCUGGUUAGCAGCUAUUGUGAAGCCUGGCACACAGCUGAUAUGGGAGCUAUGGGACAAGCAUCGCCUCUGAACACAGGGAAACUUCUUGACCAGAAAGUAUAUAGCUGUAAUAAUCAGUUUAUUGUUCUCUGUAUUGAAAAUAGUUUUGUCUCUGAUCCCCAAGGAAAAUAA